AUGAGUUAAAAUAAUAAUGUAUAAGACAAAGGUGAUGAUGAUAACGUCUCCGAUUUAGAAAAAAAGACUUUAGAUGAAAAUUUAGAUAUGGAUUAAUGUUUGGAAUAUGUGAAUCCAAAAGGAAAAUACUAGCUCAUAUUGUUUUCAAUUUUACUUUUAUAAGGCAUAGUAGGAUCAUUUGUAUUUGUUGGAGGUCCUUAUUUUUUUUAAGAUCCUAUUUUUAUUUGUUAAGAUGGAUCAACAUGUAGUUAAGAAGAUGCUUGUAAAUAAGGAAACUACUCAAUUUCCGAUAGCAGUAACCAUACUCUAACUCUCCAGUUUGAUCUAUAUUGCGAUAGAUAGUAUCUCAAAAAUUUAAGUCUUAGCUUUAUUUUUAUUGGUUCUCUUUGUGGGACGUUCUUUUUUAGUUUUCUGAGUGAUUUAAAAGGAAGAAAAUUGCCUAUGAUAAUAUCAUGGGCUUUUAGCGUUUUGGGUAUUGGAAUAUUAGCUUUUUCUCAAAAUUAUGCUAUGAUUUUUGUAGGUUAGUUUUUAGGUGGAUUCGGAAUCUAUCCAACGAGCACUUUGGCUUUUAUCGUUAUGAGUGAAUAAUCAACAGGUAAUUUUAGAAAGGUAGCUACAGGAUAUUUAUUAUUAGGCUAUACACUUAGUGAGGGAUCAAUCAAUUUGCUAGGUUUUCUUUUUAACAACGAUUGGAAGAUUUUAAUUAGAUAUUGGUUAUUUAUUCCUUCCAUUAUUUUGUGGUUUCCACUCUUUUAUUUAAUUGAAAGCCCAAGAUUUUAUCUAAAUAAAGAUAAGGAAAAAGUCUUAGAUUGUUUGAACAAAAUUGGAGCUAGAAACACUAAAAAAUCAUACUAAGCAGCUCCGUUGCAGUUAACUAAAGAAUAAAUUAAUUUCCAUAAGUACUCACUAAUUAAGAAGAAAGAAGUUUAUUCUUAUUUAACCCUCUUUAAGUAUAAAUCAACUAGGUGGAUUACAAUUGCUUGCUCUAUAUAAAAGUUUUUAAUGAUAUUUGUUAAUUAUGGUACUUAGUUCUCUCUAUCUGAUUUUGGCUUUAAUAUUUACAUUAAUGCAACCAUAGGAUUCUUGGCUGAGAUGGUUUGCUUUGGAUUCUUAGUCAAAGUUUUGAAUACCUUCAAAAGAAAACCUUCUGCUUUGUUCUUUUAGAUUUUGAGUAGCAUUUUCUGCUUGCUAUUUAUUGCUUUUCCUAUCCCAGACUCCUGCAAAAAUAGCAGCUGCUAUCAGAAAUAUGUAUAAAUCUUGCUCUUUUUACUUUCUAAAAUGUCGAUUAACUCCUACUUUGUUGUCAUAAGUACUUAUUUCCCUGAAUUAUACCCAACUUCUGUCAGGAGCUUAGGUGUAGGUUUUAUCAGAGCAACUGGAAUCUCAGGAAGUAUUCUAUCUUCCUUCGCCAUAAGCUGGAGUAAAGAAUUGGGAAUAUCUCCUCUUGUUUCUUUUGGUAUUAUUGGUAGUUUUGGAAUUAUUUUUGGAUUCUAUCUACCUGAAACAUAAAAUCAACCAUUACAAGAUGAAAUAAUAGAAAUUAAGCAUCAGAAAAAUUCUCUAUUAGAAGUAGAUGCAUAUUAAGCAGUUUCAAAAAUAAGUGAUACUUAUAACAAUUAACUUAGUAAUUAAAGUGAUGAUUGA